AUGUGUUGCCUAAAAUAUCAUACACAUAAACCCAGUUCCUCAUUGAGUCCCAAUUUCAAAAACUUAGCAGAAAUACUUUUUUCUUGCUGUUGCCAUGUUGAGAUUGAUUGGAAGCUUGAGCUUCAUAUGGCUACUCAUGGCCACAUCCGCAAUGGCUCAACCUGGCCUGCUGUACUGGAUGCUGAUGGCCAACCUCUUAGAAGUGGUGUAGAAUACUACAUACUUCCAGCUGCAACCGACACUGCUGGUGGUCUGACCCUUGUUAAUCGUAAUAAUGGUUCAAUAUGUCCACUCUUUGUUGGUCAAGAACCUCUUGCACCUGUUGUGUCCCUAGGUACUUCAGUCAUAUUCACACCACGUGUUACUGUUAGGGAUAAUAUUAUAAGGGAGACAAGGGACUUCACUGUUGCAUUCACUGAUGUAGUAACAAUUUGUGCUCAAUCUACUGCUUGGAUGGUAGGCGAGCGGAAUCCAGAGAAAGGACGGAGGUAUAUUUUGGCUGAAAUGGAGCCUAGACCAUCUUCUAAUAUUUGGUACUUCAAUAUUGUCAAGAACGGUCAAGGUCUGUACAAUUUUCAAUGGUGUCCAAAUUGUCUUACUGGAGUUUGUCCUAAGCCUUUGUGUGGGGAUGCUGGUAUUGUCGUUGAGAAUGAAAGGAGAUUGUUGGUCUUGGAUGGUCCUGCUUUUCCUUUUGUAUUUAGAAGGGCUCCUGAAAUAAUCUCCAUCUCUCAAGAAUAA